UCACACCAGUUGGGUUCUUGCGACUUAGUGCUUUCGAACUGUUGGCUGGGUGUGGACGUCCCCUCGUGCGUCUGCAAUGCUCACACAACUGUUACGUGCAAGUGGUGCGAGGUGCAGUGACCCGGAGUGAUGCUCCACUAGCCCCCAGAGUGCGAAAGACAUGGGGCACAAGGCGAUGGGGGCCAUCGUGGCCCUCACCUGCGUCCUCUGCUACUACAACAGCUGCUACUGCGGGUUCGUCUUCGACGACAUCAGUGCCAUCAAAGACAACAGAGAUCUGAGGCCGCAUUCGCCGCUGCUUAACAUUUUUUUCAACGACUUCUGGGGCACCCCCAUGCACAAGGAGCAGAGCCAUAAGUCGUACAGGCCCUUGUGUGUUUUGACUUUCCGAUGGAACUAUUUGCUUUGGCAGCUGGAGCCCAUGGGGUAUCAUCUCGUGAAUAUGCUCCUCCAUUCCGUCGUUUGCCUCAUGUACUUCAGGAUGUGCUCCAUGUUUCUACCGGAGCUGUCAAGUUUCGUCGCGGCCAUGUUGUUCGCCGUUCAUCCCAUCCACACGGAGGCGGUGACGGGUGUCGUCGGAAGGGCCGAGACGCUCUCGUCGGUCUUCUUUCUGGCCGCUUUUAUGCUCUAUGCCAAAGCGUCCAAAAGCAAAAAAUCCACAGGCUGGAAAUACCUAUCAUUUUCCAUGCUGUCGAUCGCAACGGCGAUGCUGUGCAAAGAGCAGGGAAUCACAGUCGCUGGCGUAUGUGCCGCUUAUGAAAUAUUCGUGACCCAGAAGGUGCGUCUUCCAGAGAUAAAACACGUCGUAAAGGCGGCCAUCACGGCCAAGUCCUCCUACCACCUGCCUUGGUCGAGCGAGGCCACCAAGAGGCUCCUGGUGCUUUCGGCGACCACUAUGUGUCUUUUGCUGGCCAGGCUCCAGAUCAUGGGCUCCCAGCUGCCGGUCUUCACCAGGUUUGAUAACCCGGCCUCGGUGGCACCAACGCCGGCCAGACAACUCACCUACCACUACCUGAUAAGUGUCAAUCUUUGGCUGCUUCUGUUCCCCUGCAAUCUGUGCUGCGACUGGACCAUGGGCACCAUCCCCUUGGUCGAAACCUUCGCAGAUGGACGGAAUCUGGCCACUAUUGCCGCCUACACCUUCUUCACGGCGCUGCUGGUGACCGCCUACACGACGGAAAACCGCCAACAGCGCACCGUCAUACUUAUGAGCUUGGCUUUAAUGGCCCUCCCCUUCAUGCCUGCAUCCAACCUCUUUUUCCCCGUCGGCUUUGUAAUCGCCGAACGAGUGUUAUACAUGCCUUCGAUGGGGUUCUGCAUGCUGGUGGCCUACGGAUGGACCGUCCUCGCCGAGAAAAAGGGCAAAAAGCUCGCCUUUUUUCUCCUAAGCAUCCUGGUUGUGACCCACGGUACAAAAACGUACCUCCGGAACUGGGACUGGGAGGACGAGUACUCCAUUUUCAUGUCGGGGUUGCGAGUCAAUCAGAAAAACGCCAAGCUUUUUAAUAACGUGGGGCACGCCCUCGAGAGCCAAGGCAAGUACGAGGAGGCGUUAAAGUUCUUCAAAACGGCGGUGAGUGUCCAGGAGGACGACGUCGGAGCGCAUAUUAACGUCGGGAGGACUUACAAUCAUCUCAAGAUGUUCAAAGAGGCUGAAGAGGCCUACCUGCGGGCCAAGUCGCUCUUGCCCAAAGCCAAGCCUGGAGAGAGUUACCAGGCGAGGAUUGCGCCUAAUCAUCUCAACGUUUUCCUCAACCUGGCGAAUUUAAUUUCGAAGAAUUCGACGAGACUGGAAGAGGCCGAUAUGCUCUACCGGCAGGCCAUCAGUAUGAGGGCUGAUUACACUCAAGCUUAUAUUAAUCGAGGCGAUAUUCUUAUCAAGUUGAACAGGACGAAGGAGGCGCAAGAGGUCUACGAGAGGGCCCUGCUCUACGACAGCAACAACCCUGAUAUUUACUACAACCUCGGCGUGGUGUUCCUGGAGCAGGGCAAGGCGUCCCAAGCCCUCGCUUACCUGGACAAAGCUUUAGAAUUCGAUCCGGAGCACGAGCAGGCUCUUUUGAAUUCAGCGAUCCUCCUUCAAGAAUUCAACCGGCCCGAAUUGCGUAAAAUCGCCCGCGAACGUCUAUUGAAACUUCUAGACAAAGACAGCAACAACGAGCGGGUCCAUUUCAAUCUCGGAAUGCUCGCAAUGGACGAGAAAAAUAUCGAGGAAGCCGAACAUUGGUUCCGGCGGGCUGUCCAUUUAAAAGCCGAUUUCAGGAGUUCGCUCUUCAAUUUAGCUUUGUUACUGGCCGACGAUCAGCGGCCCCUGGAAGCCGCCCCGUUCCUCAACCAGCUCGUCAAGUAUCAUCCCGAUCACGUGAAAGGACUCAUCCUCCUGGGGGACAUUUAUAUCAAUAACAUCAAGGACUUGGACGCGGCCGAAAAUUGCUAUCGCAGGAUUCUCGAGCUCGACCCGGAGAACAUCCAGGGUUUGCACAACUUGUGCGUGGUUCACGUGGAGCGAGGGAAGCUUCUAGAGGCGCAAGCGUGUCUGGAGAAGGCGCACCAACUGGCUCCUGGGGAGGAUUACGUCUUGAAACAUCUCCAAAUCGUCAAGAAUCGCAUCGCGAAAAUGAAACUUAAUCCAGACGAAGUCGAGACGGAGAAAAGCCGGAGUCAGGUUGUUUCAAAUAAAAGUAUAGACGAGAGUGAUCGGAAGACGCGGCCCGUGGUCACGGGAGACUCCGAGGAGCAGAGGUAUAGCAGUAGAGUGGUAAACACUGAACCCAUGUUUGUGAAAAAUGUUGACAAUAUUGACUAUGUUGAUGAAGAUUUGGGAGAGGUGGAGUUCGAGGAAGGGAUGGAGCAAAAUGUUAGUAAUAAGUGGAGGCAUGGUAAGGUCGGUACUGACAAUGAUGACCCGUCUUCAGGCAUGUCUUAGCAUUAAAAGAGUAUUUUCGAAUCAAAUUAAUGUAAUUUUAAUGAGCCCCCGUAAGGGGUUUUACUCUAUCUAAGGACUUUUUUAUACGAGCCAUUAGAUGUAGUGUCCAUUCUGUGAUACUCAGAAUAAUCGUUUUUGAAUCUAUUUUUGAUCUGGUUUUGUUCGAUCUAAGACCUAUGCAGAUGUGACUUAAUGUAUACAAGAUUUUCGCACUUGUUUUUUGUGAUUUUUCAUUGUGAUUCAUUUUGUGAUUAGCUUUAUGUAUCGAGGUGUUUUGUCGCUUGUUUUGCUUAAAUCAAAUGUUACUUAAUGUGAUUAUUUGAUUCCUGUCGAUUGUUUGUCGGUAAGUGGCAUAUCUGUAAUAUGUUAAAUUAGUAAAUAUUGCUACUAAUAUAAUCAAUAAAAAUAAAUGUAUUGAUGUAAGGCUUGUUAGCCGCUAGUUUUAGACGACAUCCACGUGGCCAAAUAUUCAGUAGAAAUCCUUAGCACUUCUCAAUCAUUUGUCUAUUUUUUCGGGUGAAAAAAUUGUUAUUUUUGCUAUCGUGGAUCUUAAUUUAUUUCGUAUUUUGUAAAGGUGCCUUGGAAUCGUUAAUUAAGGCAAAUGAUUUUGUAAUAUAGUAUAAUAAAUAUUUUUCUAUGUUGUCAAACUGUUCAUAGAUUAUAAACAUAAGUCUAUAUUGUGUAAAACUAAUGUGAGAGGUAUAUUUAUCCUAUGACUGAUAAGUUUUCGUGUAUUUUCUUUCGAAAUUUUCUAAAAGUUGUUACCCUAAUAUACACUUUUUUAAUAAAACCAGUUGUGGUAUAAGCAA